UACCCAGUAACGUACAUGGAAUCAAGUCUUUUGAGAAUAUUUGGGACUCCGAAUGGGUUGUGCCAUGGAGCAGCCACCAGCGAACUGUUAUGCCUAGUACAGAUUAUGCUCACUUCCUUGCCAAAGGUUCUCCGUAUUCUACUUCCAUGGCUUGGCCUGAACCUGAUGCUCAAGUCCAGUGUGGUGCCAAAAACAUGACCCUGCAAAUUUCAAGACUGGGAACCUCUCCUCUGCAUGUGAACACAAGUGAUUCUUGGGUGACCCUGUUCCAGAAGCUGCCACAGUGCAGUCGUGCAACAUCCAGGCACCGACGAUCUGUUUGGCCUCCCUACCAUGCCUGUGACUUUUCCCAACAAGCUGGCCCUGCUACAUUUCCUGUGAGGGUUGCAGGAACCCCUCUAGUGGUUGGCUGCCCAUAUCCCCCACGUGGUCCUCCAGUCGAGUGUUCGGAUGACCUGCAAUUACGACUUGGUGGUGUCUCAGUUUCCAGCCUGAAAAUGAAGGUGAUGGGGCACUGGUAUCCACUGAUGACCAUUUGUAAAUGGUGUAGACUCUCCAUGGAACUGCAAGGUGGAGAAUUGUCCAUCAAGUCCCCCUUAAAAGGACCCUGCACAGAAAUGCUGGGUGGUCGACAUAGCAUUUCUAUUCGUUCAGGAGAUGCAGAAAUGGUGUUCUCCUGCUCGCCACCCCCACCGUUCCCCACUUACCCAUAUGGACCUUCCCACACUUACCCAUAUGGACCUUUCCACACUUACCCAUAUGGAUAUCCCCACACUUAUCCAUAUGGACAUUCCCACACCCCUUGGCCAAAUGUCCCUCACGUCCACCCACCUGCUCCAAUCCCAUGGCCCGUCCCUCCUCCUCCUAAACCGGUUAACUUUUGGCCGACUAUCCCAUACCAUGGGCAUCCUUCACCUGCGCCCACCUGGCCCCCCAUACCCACCUGGCCCCCCAUACCCACCUGGCCCCCUGCACAUGCACCUGGCUGGCCAGUUGUCCUUCCUAGUCCUGCUCCCAUUCCAUGGACUAUUGCGCAACCUGCCCCUCAUACCGGCUGUCUAAUACCCGAUCACACUCACACGGGCCAAGUGAGUCAUAUCCCUGAUGGGUUCCAGGGAGAUGACGGACAGACCAAGGAUCGCUAUCGGUGA